AUGGAAGAUGCCAGUCAGUCCACUGCCGAACAAGAAGCAAUCGACUACGCGGGAAUUGAUAUGCCCACAUUGGGGACACCAGAGGAUGUUCAUCUGCACUGUAUCCGGCAGUUCGUGUGGAAAAAGGACAUGGUGCGAUGGGAAGACUACAAUAUCACAAAGACUGACAUAGACUUCGUUAACAGCCUUCUUGCAUCCAAUGGAGAGUAUGACACGUUCGCCCAGCUUCAUCGGGGCAUCGUAACGACUUCCGCCCACGGCGGUCCAAACUUUCUUGGGUGGCACAGAGUCUAUCUAGCAAUGUUUGAGGAGGCACUACGAAGAAUUGACGGGCAAGUUUCACUCCCAUAUUGGGAUUCCAUUCUCGACAACGAUAUGGAGAAUCCAGUAAACACAAUCUUGUUCUCACCGGCGUUCUUUGGAAACGGUGACAAACAGGUAAUCUCGGGACCAUUCGCAAACUGGGUAACCCCUAUUGGUCCCUUAACAAGAAAUAUCAGUGGCCAAGGAAUGCUGUUUAACAAAGAGCAUAUCCGAAUGAUUAUGACGCGUUGUCGGGCUCGCGACAUCAUCGCUCCUGCUCCGUUAGUGUUCAACCUAGAUAUAAUCCACGGUGGUAUUCACCUUUGGGUCGGUGGACAGAUGUCCGGUCUUCAUACCGCCGCCCACGAUCCCGUAUUUUUCCUCCACCACGCUUUUGUAGACUACAUUUGGGAAAUGUUUCGCAACCACCAAUUCUUUAACUGUGCAGUUAACCCAAGCUUAAAUUAUCCAGAAGUCACUGGUCAACAUGCCCCCGAAAGACCAAUGGACGGAUUACCAGGAUACGUCAACAUUGAUGGUUAUCAAAGCUUUUGGACGCAAAACUGGUAUAGAUACGAACGUGCUCCCACGUGUCCUGAUUGUGGUUCUCCUUAUUUAACAUGCGACCCGGUCCACGAUGUGUGCGUGUCUGUUGAACGUACGGUUUUUCAAACUGAUCGCGGUCUUCAAUCAACACAGGAGGUCGCAAAUCUGGUAAUCGGUCAAAAAUUCGUCGGACCUGGUGAUGACCCUAGGACGCAGGUUGGUCUUGCAAGAAUGGCAUUGGCUAGUCGUAAAAAGAGGGCGAUACCGAAGCAAGCUGACACGCCUAAAAUAUUUGGCGGAACAGAUUCAAAUCAACGAAUUGUAAAGCUACCACUUAAUGUAGGAGAAAAGUUUCUUUUAACAGAAAAUGAUAAUCGGACAUCAAUUGUUUUGAGGAGAAAUAUUGCCAGGGGUGUCUUUUCAGGGAACAUUGUUCAUAAUGCCACGCAAGACGUUUACUCAGGAAAUGCCUUUCCAGUCGCAAGUCCGAUGUCACUGUUGCCAGCACUUGUAUCAGAUACGCUAGACUUAUAUAAGCAAAACACUAGCUAUUAUACUUCGAUCUCAGCGGCCUCUGACUGGCUCUUUGUUCCAGUUCAAAUGACAUACGGCGUAGUUGGAACCAACAACACUGCCCAGACGCCGAGUACGAAAUGCCGUCCAACGUCUAAAAUAUGGACCCAUAUUAAAGUGUCCGCACAAGGCCUCAAUUAUCUUGGAGAAUACACCGACUUCGGGGUAGUGGACACCAGCAAACCUUUACCUUCCACCCAUGCAAUAAUUGCAAUACGGGCUCCGGAGGUCGGACCUUCCAUAACCAUGGUAACAGCAAGUCACGGAUGCGGAUUGAUGUGCACACCAAAGUGCAUAACCAAUGACGCCGGAACAUAUCAGUACAGGCCAUGCACAGGAAUACUGUGGAUCACACCAGAAGAUGCAAUUGCAUACGCCCGAGAACACACCGUCGCUGAGGAAAGCAUUCGAAGAGGAGAUGCAAAAUUUCCAAUCACAACGUGGGACCAUCUCAACUAA